GGGCCCGGGGGGGCGCGGGGCAGAAAGCCAGCCUGCACCACACCGCCUCUCCCAUGAGAGUGCAGCGGAGCAAAGGGGCCAGCGCUUGCCCGCACUCCUCCGCCUCCGACUACGAGCUCUCGCUCGACCUCAAAAACAAGCAGAUCGAAAUGUUAGAGCACAAGUACGGGGGCCACCUGAUUUCGCGCCGCGCCGCCUGCAAGAUCCAGACCGCCUUCCGCCAGUACCAGCUCAGCAAGAACUUCGAGAAGAUCCGCAACUCGCUGCUGGAGAGCCGGCUGCCGCGCCGCAUCUCCAUGCGCAAGGUGCGCGUGCAGAACGCCGAGGGCUUCUCGGCCGAGAAGGCCCUGGUGGAAGGCUACAACUUCAUGGGCAUCCCCCUGGUGCGCUCCCCCUCCCUGCCCGCCACCAUCAGCGGCAACCUGACCGACCUGGAGGACUCCUUCACUGAGCAGGUGCAGUCCUUGGCCAAGUCCAUCGACGACGCCCUGAGCAACUGGAGCCUGAAGACCAUGUGCUCCCUGCAGGACGGCGGCACGUACCAGUUCACUGAGACCUUCAGCACGGGGGCCCCCGGGGCAGGGGGCGGGGCCGGGGAGCCGGGGGCGGACCCGGUGGCCAUCCAGGAGGCGGGUCAGGAGGACAAUCCUGAUAAUCUACCCCGCAGCGGCAGCAAACUGAUGAUGGCCUUCCGUGACGUGACGGUGCAGAUCGACAACCAGAACUUCCAUGUGUCCUCCUCCGUCAUGGAGUCCACCUCCGUUUCCCUCGGUAACUGCAUCCAGCAGGGUGCCGCCGACGGCGAUGCCGAUGCCAAAGAGCCCCCAGAAAGGGAGCAGGAGGCGCCUCCCCAAGAGGAAGGGGCCCCAGACUCUGAGACAGGGGACUACGACUUCCCAGCCCCUCCUCCCAGCGAGGAGGAGCUGGGCGAAGAGCUGCCGCAGGAGCUGGCCCUGGAGAAGGUGGAGGCCGCGGAGCCGAAGCCGGAGCCGGAGGCGGAAGGGGAGGCAGAGGCCGUUCCGGAGGUGCUGGAAGCCAAGCGCAGCGAGUCGGAGACGGCCGACAACAGCUCGGAGCAGAUGAGCAGCAGCAGCACCUCCACCUCGGCCAAGUCGGCCUCCGAGGCCUCCUCCAAGGAGGCCCUGCAGGCCAUGAUCCUCAGCCUGCCCCGCUACCACUGCGAGAACCCGGCCAGCUGUAAGUCCCCCACCCUCUCCACCGACGUCAUGCGCAAGCGCCUCUACCGCAUCGGCCUCAACCUUUUCAACGUGAACCCAGAUAAAGGCAUUCAGUUCCUCAUCUCCAGAGGCUUCAUCCCGGACACACCCAUAGGCGUGGCCCACUUCCUGCUGCAGAGGAAGGGGCUGAGCCGGCAGAUGAUUGGCGAGUUCCUAGGCAACAGCAAGAAGCAGUUCAACAGAGAUGUCCUCGACUGUGUGGUGGACGAGAUGGACUUCUCUGGGAUGGAGCUGGACGAGGCCCUUAGGAAGUUCCAGGCCCACAUCCGGGUUCAGGGCGAGGCACAGAAGGUGGAAAGGCUCAUUGAGGCCUUCAGCCAGCGUUACUGCAUGUGCAACCCCGACGUGGUGCAGCAGUUCCACAACCCCGACACCAUCUUCAUCCUGGCCUUUGCCAUCAUCCUCCUCAACACAGACAUGUACAGCCCCAACAUCAAGCCCGACCGCAAGAUGAUGCUGGAGGACUUCAUCCGCAAUCUGAGAGGGGUGGACGAUGGGGCAGACAUCCCGCGGGAGAUGGUGGUGGGCAUUUACGAACGUAUCCAGCAGAGGGAGCUCCGCUCCAACGAGGACCACGUCACCUACGUCACCAAGGUGGAGCAGUCCAUCGUGGGCAUGAAGACCGUGCUGUCCGUCCCCCACCGGAGGCUGGUGUGCUGCAGCCGGCUCUUCGAAGUGUCCGACGUCAACAAGGCCCAGAAACAGGCCGCCCACCAGAGAGAGGUCUUCCUCUUCAACGACCUCAUCGUGAUCCUGAAGUUGUGCCCGAAGAAGAAAAGCUCGGCCACCUACACGUUCUGCAAAGCCAUGGGCCUGCUGGGGAUGCAGUUCCACCUCUUUGAAAACGAGUAUUACCCGCACGGGAUCACCAUCGUGUCGCCCUACUCCGGCUCCGAGAAGAAGCAGGUGCUGAACUUCUGCGCCCAGAGCGCCGAGGAGCUGCUGAAGUUCGUGGAGGACCUGAAGGAGUCCAUCGCCGAGGUGUCAGAGAUGGAGCAGAUACGCAUCGAGUGGGAGCUGGAGAAGCAGCAGGGGGCCAAGACUCACUGCAGUAAAAGAAACGGGGCACAGCUGGAGAUCCGGGGGAGGCAGAGCUCCCCACCAGGCAAGCUGGACCUGGAUGAGAGGAGUGGAAACAACACGGUAGAGGCUUCAAACGUACCAGCUCAGUGCCUCCCGGAGCUCCGAGAGCGGACCCCUCUCGGGCGCCCUUCUUAAUCACCGGGGGGAGCUCUACUACCCGCAGCUUCCGCCCGGCAUGGGCACGCCUGUCCACCUGCCCAGCCCGCUCGUCGACC